AUGAAAUACCAAAUAGGAUGUAAAUUUUUUUCAAUAAAUCAGAUUUAUUUCAAAUAUUUAUUAAAUUUACCAUUAAUAGGAUGUAAGAAAGAUUCACUUUUAUGCUAUAAUCAAAUAUAAUUUAAUUAAUUUAAUUUUGUGAAACAGAUUAUAGUAAGAAUUCCUUUAUCAUUUUUUAUUCUUUAUUAAUUUAUAUUUUUAAACAGUGAGUAGCAUUUUUACAUGAUUUUACAAUAGAAGAUGACUAAAUUUUAAAUAGGGAGUAAAUCUUUAUUAGUAUAAUAUUUGCAUAAUAAUCUAUUAGAAUAUCCUAAAAUGUUUUAACUUUUAAAUAAGCGAUUGGAAGAAGUAAGGAUCUAUUAGAUACGAUGUUUGAAUUGUAUUUACUUUUAUUUAAAUAUUAAAUAGGCAAAUGUUAAAAGUUUAUUGAAUUAUAAUUAGAAAAUUCAAAUUAAAUUUUAAAAUAGUGGCAAGUACUAAUCUUUAAUGAUUCUAUCUAAUUUUGAAAAUUCUAACUUAACUUUUAUAUUUAAAAAGAGUCUUGUAAUAUUUAGGCCCUAUCUUUUGACUGUUAAUAAAAUUUUAUAUUUCAAAUAGCCUGUAAAAAAUUAUUUAUGUUUGAUCAAAUAAUUCUUAUUUAAAUUUAUUAUAUUAAUUAGCAGGUAAUUUUGA